AAGACCUCUGAUGACCUAGUCCCCUGAGAUAUACCACUAACACCGAGUAGAUUGCCAACCCCUCUGUCGCUGCUCUCUAUGAGGAUGCUCUUGUUUACGAGACCGGUACCGCUAUCACAUCCAGCGGUGCUUUGACUGCCUACUCUGGUGCCAAAACUGGCCGCUCUCCUUCAGACAAGCGUGUGGUGAAGGAGGAGUCCUCUGAGAAUGAGGUCUGGUGGGGACCUGUCAACAAGCCCAUGACUCCUGAUGUCUGGCGUAUCAACCGUGAGCGUGCUGUUGACUACCUCAACACCCGCAACCGUAUCUAUGUUAUCGAUGGUUUCGCUGGCUGGGAUGAGAGAUACCGCAUCAGCGUCCGUGUCGUCUGCGCUCGCGCCUACCAUGCUCUCUUCAUGCGCAACAUGCUUAUCCGCCCCUCCGCCGAGGAACUCCAGCACUUCCACCCCGACUAUGUUAUCUACAACGCUGGUUCCUUCCCUGCUAACCGCUUUACUGAGGGUAUGACCUCUGCCACCUCCGUCGCCAUCAACUUUGCCGAGAAGGAGAUGGUUAUCCUGGGUACCGAGUACGCCGGUGAGAUGAAGAAGGGUGUCUUCACCAUCCUCUUCUACGAGAUGCCCGUGAAGCACAACGUCCUGACUCUCCACUCCUCUGCCAACGAGGGCCCCAACGGCGAUGUUACUGUCUUCUUUGGUCUGUCCGGAACUGGAAAGACCACUUUGUCUGCUGACCCCAAGCGUGCCCUGAUCGGUGACGACGAGCACUGCUGGACCGAUCGUGGUGUCUUCAACAUUGAAGGUGGCUGCUACGCCAAGUGCAUUGGUCUCUCUGCUGAGAAGGAACCCGAUAUUUUCAACGCCAUCCGCUUCGGUUCCGUCCUCGAGAACGUCGUCUUCGACCCUAUUAGCCGUGUUGUCAACUAUGACGACUCCACCCUCACCGAGAACACCCGCUGCGCCUACCCCAUCGAGUACAUCGAGAACGCUAAGAUUCCUUGCGUGUCCGACAGCCACCCAACCAACAUCAUCCUCCUCACCUGCGAUGCCCGCGGUGUCCUCCCCCCUAUCUCCAAGCUCACCACCGAGCAGACCAUGUUCCACUUCAUCUCUGGUUACACCUCCAAGAUGGCCGGUACCGAGGACGGUGUCACUGAGCCCCAGGCCACCUUCUCCUCGUGCUUCGCGCAGCCCUUCCUUGCCCUCCACCCCAUGCGCUACGCUCGUAUGCUGGCCGACAAGAUCUCCGAGCACAAGGCUAAUGCCUGGCUCCUCAACACCGGUUGGGUUGGCGCCGGCGCCACCACUGGUGGUAAGCGCUGCCCGCUGAAGUACACCCGUGCUAUCCUGGACGCCAUCCACAACGGGGAGCUGGCCAAGGCCGAGUACGAGACCUACGAAGUCUUCAACCUCCACGUUCCCACCAGCUGCCCUGGCGUGCCUUCUGAGCUGCUGAACCCCAGGAACAGCUGGACCGCCUCCACCAGCUUCACAGAUGAGGUUAACAAGCUGGCUAAGCUGUUCAACGAGAACUUCACCAAGUACUCUGACCAGGCUACCAAGGAGGUUAUUGCGGCUGGCCCCGUGCCUCUCGAGUAGAGCGCUUUUUUUUUAAAAAAAAAAAAAAAAAAGAAAAACUGGCUUUCUUCUGCGUUUUGUGAUUUCCCCUGUGUGUUUUCCUUGUUUACACAUCUUGCAUGGCGUGCUGCGUUUUAAAUAUCUGGGUCUGAAUUUCUGUUACCAUGGACGCUUGCUUUGCAGGCUGGCAACGUUACAAUUUGGCAAUACCUUUUUUUUUUUGGGCUAUGAUUGAAGAGUGUUGGGUCAUUUAGAGAUGGCCAGUAGAGGUUAGAUAAUGCAAUUCAAUUCUUGAAAAAUCUCACGAAUAAAAAAGUCUGUUCCCACGUCAUUGGGCUGCCAUACAGCUUGCAGGGGAUUCGAAUCACGGAUAAUUGUCCGGCAUGCCAUGUCUGGCCGGG